AUGCUUUCACGACUAACACUCGCUGCCCCACGCCUUAUUCAAUUCAACAGCGGAUUUCGGCAGUUUACCAAUUCCGCCAUAAAAUGCGCAAGAUUCCAAGGACAGGGUUCCGGAUUUGGAUCAAGAUUCUCAAAUCCGGCGGGAUUCGGUGUUCGCACAGGACCGACGCUGAAAGAGAGACUUCUUGGCCCGACUACUGGUAAACCUUUCCUUUAUGGCUCAUAUGCUCUCGCGGGAGCAUCAGUAUUUGGAGUUGCUGCUUUAAUGUACUAUGGACUUAUUUCAAAGGAGCAGAGCAUUCUUCAGAACAGCACUCUUUGGCCCGAGUAUGUUAGACAAAGAAUUAGUGCCACAUACACAUACUUGGCUGGAAGUUUGGUAGUUACUGCCGGAUCUGCUGUCGCUGCCACCAGAAGUCCAGCGAUCAUGCGAAUGACUUCUGGAGGAGGUCUUAUGUCACUAUUUGGCACGAUGGCUGUAAUGAUUGGUACUGGAAUGCUCUGCAGAUCUCUUGAUUAUGACAAUACACUUGUCAAACACUGUGCAUGGCUUCUCCAUUGUGGAGUCCUUGGAGCUGUUCUUGCCCCAAUGUGUUAUUUGGGAGGCCCACUUCUCAUGAGAGCAGCUUGGUACACCGCUGGAAUCGCUGGAGGUCUAUCGCUUACAGCGAUUACUGCUCCAUCUGAGAAAUUCCUUAUGAUGUCUGGACCACUAGCCAUGGGUCUUGGUGUUGUUUUCAUGGCUAACAUUGGAACGUUCUUCUUACCAGCUGGAUCCGCUCUUGGAGCAAGUCUUGCGUCCAUCGUAAUGUAUGGUGGUCUUAUUCUCUUCUCCGCAUUUCUCCUCUAUGAUACUCAGCGGCUCGUUAAACAUGCUGAAAUGUACCCACACAAAUCGCAAUUUUACGGUGCUGAAGUUAAAAGCUAUGAUCCAAUUAAUGCGCAAAUGUCAAUCUACAUGGACGUACUCAACAUUUUCAUUCGAUUGGCAAUGAUCAUGAGUGGAAGCAAUGGAAACCGAAGAAAGUAG